AUGACACGGUGUUUAUUUAUAGUAACAGGUGCACUUCUGCUGGCUCGUGCAUCCGGUGUCAACAUCACAAUCGGCGUCCUUGUUGAGCGUUCGGAUAUUUUGGAUUUCCCUUUUUCUAUCAACAGGACAAAGGGUCUCAUAGACAUUGCUAUAAAUAAAACGCGAUAUAUGUUAAAGGAUCUCGCAAAUCUAAAGUAUGUGAUUACACCGUGUGAUGUUCCAACAUGUGUGGCGACCAAAUGGGGAGCUUUGUUUUCUGAAUUGUACCACAAAUAUCACCCACAUGCGGUUAUUGGUCCAGGUUGCACACCGUCAGUACAAACGGUGUCGAGAAUGGCGGCCUCAUGGAACAUUCCUCAUAUCACGUAUGUUGGCACGGACGAGUCACUUGGAGACAAACAAGAAUUUUCCACGUUGUCAAGACUCUCAUUCACGAUGAACGUGUUCGCCUUGUUCUAUAUUGAGGUGUUCAACGCGUUUGAGUGGACUUAUAUAGCCAAUAUUUACGAUUCAAAUACGUAUUUACCAAACCUUGUUGGGACAAGUCUCCAGCGAAGUUUUUCCGAGGAAUCCCCUCAUAUUAGGUCAUAUCCUGUACCAUUUAACGGACAUUCAGAUGAUUUGACAACAGAAUUAUCCAGGACGAUAGCGACGGCUGCUUCGAAAGCUAGAGUGUUCAUAGUAUCUUGUCAUGGGGAUGUGUUUAGGAAGAUGGUUCUUAAAGCACGACAGUCUGGCCUGGUGGAUGGAGAAUACGUUUUUAUAUUUUAUUUUCAACUUCACGGAGAUCCCCCGGUCGGCAAAUAUACAUGGCGAAGAGAUGAUGAUUUAGACACGGAAGCCAGAUUGGCUUAUCAGUCAGUCAUGGUCAUCAGACCUCGUCGACCAAUUACGCAAGAAUUCUUUGAAUUUGAACAAGAUGUGAAAGCAAGGGCAUUAACCGAGUAUAACUAUACAUGGAGGGAAGGUCAUGAGGUAAGUAUUUAUAACAUCGGCCACUAUGACUCAUUCAUCUUGUAUGCGCAUGCGCUAAAUGAGACAUUAUCUGAAGGAGAAGAUCCUAGAGACGGAGCACAAGUUGUUAAAAGGAUGUGGAAUAGAACGUUUCCAGGUAUAGGUGGACCAGUGUUUGUUAAUGAGAAUGGUGACAGAGAUACAGACUUUACCCUACUUGACCUUAAUCCAAACACCGGCGAGUUCCAGGUGGUUGCACAAUAUUUAGGAUGGACACAUAAGUUUGAGUUUAUCCCCGGGGUUCCAAUACAUUGGCCAGGCUCUGGUGACCCUCCACCAAACGUUCCAGCUUGUGGAUUUAACGGAGAGCUCUGUGUUGUUUACAAUUUACCACAGUCGGCUAUUGUCGCUAUUUGCCUGUGUUCUGUAAUCGUCCUCGUCAUCGGUGUGGGAUUCUUUGUGUAUAGGCGUCUCAAAGCGGAAGCGGAAAUAUACAGUCAGUGGUGGCGUAUAAAUGCGGACGAUAUUAUGAUACAGACGCACUCGUCUUUCUUCUCCAGUCGUAGUAAG